UCAUCACAAAUAGGGGGUGGGAGGAAUAGGUGGGGGGUUGCACAGUACAAAUCUCUUAUAUUAAAUAAACUAAUUAUUCAUGUUGGAGACCUCUAACAAUGACUUUAGUAGCCUUAUAAGCCCAACUCAUAAGCUUGAUCAUUGUGAAAAUACACCACUCCUCCCAACUCCAAAUAUUCACUAUGUCUAAUCACAAACAUCAAACUUCACCACAAUCUCAAACCAUUGAUCCCUACAAACACCUUAAUCUUUUCCCCAAUCCAAACGCCACAAUAACACGUCUACACCAAGUCCCAUACACCUCACCUGCAUCAGAUCCAACACUUCAAAUUACCGUUCUAACCAAAGACAUAACCAUAAACCAAACAAACAAAACAUGGGUUCGAUUUUUCCUACCCAACAAACCAAUUCUUAAUAAUCAAAAACUACCUCUCAUUGUUUUCUUUCAUGGAAGUGGGUUUAUUUUAGCAAGUGCUGGAUCAACUAUGUUUCAUGAUUUUUGUGUGAACAUGGUUGAGAGUGUUGGUGUUUUUGUUGUGUCGGUUGAGUACCGUCUUGCGCCGGAGCACCGGUUGCCGGCGGCGUAUGAAGAUGGUAUGGAAGCAUUGUUUAGGAUAAGAAGAAAGGAAGAUGAGUGGUUGAUGAAAUAUGCUGAUUGUUCUAAAUGUUAUCUUAUGGGGAAUAGUGCUGGUGCUACCAUUGCUUUCCACACUGGUAUACGUGCAUUAGAAGUUGUGAAGGAUCUAGAACCUCUAAAGAUCCAAGGGCUAAUAUUGCGCCAACCAUUCUUUGGUGGAAAAGAGAGAACUAAUUCCGAAUUGAAGCUUGAAAAUGAUCCAAUAAUUCCAUUAUGUGUUACAGAUUUAAUGUGGGAGUUAGCACUUCCAAUUGGUGUUGACCGUGAUCAUGAGUAUUGCAAUCUAAUGGCUGGAAAUUAUCUUGAGAAAUUUGAUAAGAUAAGGGCCCUUGGAUGGAAGGUAUUGGUAAGUGGUAAUAGUGGGGAACCUAUAGUUGAUCGUGAGAUAGAGUUGGCACAAUUGAUGGAAGAGAAAGGUGUUCAAGUUGUGAAGGACUUUGAAGAAGGUUAUCAUGCAAUAGAGUACUUUGAUCCUUUAAAAGCUAAGCAAUUAAUUGAGUUAAUUAAAGGUUUCAUUUCUUAAUUUUGGGGUUAUGGGGCCAAAAAUGCUUCUAUGAGCUUUUCUUUGUGUGUUUAUUUAGUGUUAUGAAUAUUAUAAUAAGUACUUUUUUUUGUUUGA